UGUUCGUUUACCGUCAACAGCCACGUGAUCAAACGUCACAUUUGUCCCUGUUGGUUAACGGUUAAACUGAAAAAAACAGCCGCUUCUUUUAUAACUUAUUAACUUGAAUAAAACAAUAAGUAUGGAGAUUGGGACAGAGAUCAGCAAGAAAAUAAGAGCAGCUAUCAAGGGCAAGCUUCAAGAGCUCGGUGCAUAUAUUGACGAAGAGCUUCCUGACUAUAUUAUGGUAAUGGUAGCAAACAAGAAAACCUCUCAACAGAUGUCUGACGACCUCUCUCUUUUCCUUGGAAACAACACUAGUAAAUUCACAAUAUGGCUACAGGGUGUUCUCGAGAAGUUAAGAACAGUUGCAGUCGAGCCUGCUUCCCUCAGUGAACCUGAGCUCCAGUCUGACAAUGGUACUGUGGCUGGGAGGAGCCGGUCCUCUGUGAGUGAGGACAGCAGAGCAGAGGAGUUGAAGGUGCUGGCGGUGUCCAGCUCGCGCUCUGAUAGGACGGAAGCACGUGUGUCCAGUUCCGCUCAUGAAAGCAGGAGAGGCAGCUUGGAGAAGAGUUCUUCUCGACUAACCUCCACUGUGAAGCCCCUCAUGGAGCCACUCCCCUUAGAGGCGAUUAUCGACAUCAAACCAGACAUGGAUGAUGACCUCAUCGCUGAGGAUCCUGUAGAAAUAGGCACCAACCAUGGUCGUACACGCGGCGCAGCUAGUAGACCCACAGCAGAAAUCUACAGACCCGGUCAGAGCAAGUUUACAUCAGUAAGCUCUGCGGACACAUGGCGACCCUCAGAAGGCUCCUCUCACUACAGGCAACAGGACAGCAGAAGCAGAAGCUCCAGAACCGGAUCCAGUAAGCAGGAGGAGCUGUCACGGAAGCGUAAGGCGCCGGUAGCGAGUUCAGUGGUGCGAGUGAACCGAGCAGCCGACGAGGACAGCGAUGAUAUGGAAGAGGAGGAUACGAGCUAUGGAGGCAGAGGCCUGUCCAGUAGAGUGUCCCUACCCUCCAAACCAGAACGCAAACCUACUCUUCCUCCAGGCAAACAAGCCAACAGGAAUCUGAUACUGAAGGCCAUCUCUGAGGCUCAGGACUCAAUCACCAAAACCACAGCCUACCCCACAAUACCACAGAGGCAGACUGUUCCUGUGGCACCCCGCACUCGCACUGCCAGCAGUGAAGAGAUGACUGCCGCCAUCCAGCUGGUCCAGGAGCACCUGCACAGCCUGGCCCCCAAAGUUCAGGCCUACACAUCCGCAGAGCUCCCUCUGUCCAGAACACCUGCUCCAGGCAGAUCUUUAGCUUCACGCCUCCAGUUGGACUUAGUAGAGAGCAAUGACAGAGGAGAGCCGAGUGACUAUGGUGUUGAGGUCGCUGCAGGCAGUGAGACUAAGCCAUUUGAUACUCGCUCCUUCAUAGUGAGUCGACCACAGCUGGGAGAUUCUACAGCCAGAAGCCAGCAGCGUCCUCCGAUCAAAGGCGUCCAGUCUGCUUUACCUCGCACUGUCCAAGCCAGCAAGGAGGGGGGUGACUCUGCCAGCCCCAAGUUCAUAGUGACAUUGGACGGGGUGCCGAGCCCGCUGGGGAAUCUUGCAGACUGUGAGAUGGAGCUGGAUGAUGUGAGACCGCCCACAAAGGUCACAGAGGCAACCGUCCACGCCAACAGGGAGCCCAAAGUCAGCGUCCUUCAAAGACUACAGGGAUUUGUCCCAUCGUCAGAAGAUGAUGUGAUGGAUGUUGAGAUGGCAGAGGAGGAUGCGGUCCCUUCAAAGAAGAAGAAGGGGAUGGAGCGCUGCAGGUUCUGGCCGGUCUGUAAAAGUGGAGAUGAGUGUGGGUACCACCAUCCUACAACACAGUGCAAGACUUUUCCCACUUGCAAGUUUGGGGAUAAAUGCCUUUUUGUGCAUCCUAAUUGUAAAUACGACGGCAGGUGUACCAAGCCGGACUGUCCCUUCACUCAUGUCUCCCGAAGAAGCACAGCUGCUGCUCCUCCGCCCAGGCCAGCAGUGCAGCCAGUGCAAACCACUAGCGUGUGCCGCUUCUUCCCAGAGUGCAAGAAGAUGGACUGUCCGUUUUAUCAUCCCAAGCCUUGUCGCUUCGCGGCACAGUGUAAACGAUCUGGAUGUACCUUCUACCACCCGACCACAGCUGUGCCUCCGAGACACGCCCUGAAGUGGACAAAGAUGCAGAGCAGCUAAUAACGUCCAGGGAGUCUGACAGAAGUCUGGUGGUGGUUAAUGUGAAGCUAUGGAAGAUGUUCUGUAUCAGUGUCUCAUUUCAUUUUAAUGUAUUGUUUGGUUUGAUUUUUAAGAAGUGUUUUGUAAGAUGAAACUUUGCUCAUGCUCUCAGAAUAUUAAAAUACUUCAGUGAACUUUAAA